AUGCAAUCCACGCAUCGGGAGCCCGAGGUGGUGAAGACUGGCGAUGAAGACACGGAGGACUUGAGCGACAAGUACACAGACGUGAUGCAGGAGCGCAUGGGCUCCGCAGUGCUCACCUACCGCCACGAGGACGGCACCAACUUCUCCCGCAUCCUGGAGGACCUCAUCGUGGGCUCCUGCCUGCAGCAGCCCGCCGACGUGGACAGGCGCGUGGUGGCGGACGGCGAGGAUGUGCGCACCGUGCUGUGCCUGCAGGAGGACAGCGACAUGGCUUACUUUGAUCUGGACCUCACACCCAUCUUGGAGCGCAUCGGCGAGCGGGGGGACGUGCGCCACGUGCGCCACCGCAUCAGGGACUUUGACCCCUUCUCGCUGCGCAUGGAGCUGCCGGGCGCGGUGGCGGCGCUGGCCCAGAAUGCGGCGGCCAACGGCGGUACCGCCUACGUGCACUGCACGGCCGGGCUGGGGCGGGCGCCUGCCACCGCGCUGGCUUACAUGUGGUGGUUCAAGGGGUGGCACCUGGAGGAUGCCUACCAGCACCUGACAGGCAUCCGCACCUGCAAGCCCAACGCGCAGGCCAUCCGCAACGCCGCCGCGGAUGUGCUGUACGGCGAGCCGCCCACCCCGGUGGCGGGCCUGGAUGUGGGGUGGGGCCAGCAGCUGGACAUGGCGCCAGACCCGCAGUUCCAGCACCGCUUCCUGCUGCAGCGCUGCCUGCCGCCCGGCACCUACCAGUUCAAGUUCAUCAUCAACGGGCGCUGGGGGUAUGCGCCCAACCACCCCACCCGCCUGGAUGGCGACAACCUGAACAAUUACGUGGCGGUACCGUAUAGCAACACCGACCCGGCAGUACAGGCGGCGCGUGAGCGGCUGCUGGCGCCUGGCGGGCGCCUGACUGAGGAGGAGGCGGCCCGGAUCCAGCAGAUCUUGCUGGCCCUGCCCCUGAACGGCGGCGGUACCACAGGCAACCUUUCCGCUACCUCCUCCUCCUCUGAGGAGUGA